AGGCGUGAGUUUAUCGGUCAACUUCUUUCGACAAUUACCUCAAUCUUGUAGACGACAAACCAAAGGGUUCCUAUCAGUUGAAAGAGUAUUUACUAAAUUUUAUAAUGAUUACCGUGUUGUAAUAAAAAUGAUGUCUUAUCGUUCAAUGCAAUGUCAAAAUGCAUAAUGCAGUGUAAUAUUUUAUAUAAAUGAUUAAAAGAGUGAUAAAGUUGGAUUCUAUGGGCUGAUUUUGGAAGGAGAGAAUGGAACCAUUUGUAGAAAUUCCACAUUCCGCUUGGAGUCAAAUGAGGGAUGCAUAUAAAGAGAAUUGGCCCCGACACCUGAUAGCCCACACGCUACUGAACACCCAGUUGAAAUACCCCGGGAUUCUGACGUACUUGCAGUUGAAAAUCUAUUGCCCAUUCGGUGAACUGUCCAAUGGUAUUAUUGCGAUUUCAGAUAAGGAGGAAUUUAAGCAAAUAAUGAUCCUUCCUCUGGACGAUAUUGCAAUGAUAGAAGAAUGCUUAAUGUCAACGAGAUUGAUAGAUUGGAAUAAACCACUAUUAGUUCAAGCAGCUCCCGAAGCAGUUAUUGAAUGUAUCAAAAGAAUUAGUACUCAUUUCAAUUUGAAAUUCCAAUUUGAUGAGAAGGCUAACACAUAUAAUUUAGACAAACAAAGCGCGCCAUUCGAAAAUCUAAGCUGUCCACCCGAUACUUAUGUCGGGCCAUUGACGGCUGAACACGUAGACUUGAUAGAUAAAACCUGGACAUACACGGGUUCUUGGUCUAGAAAAUUCUUCGAGGUAUUGAUGAUGAAUGGUCUCACAUAUGUAUUAUAUUCUACAAGCCAUGAGCCGCUCGCCUGGAUCACCGUUGGGUCUGAAGGAGCCCUCACCCACUUGUACUGUCUCGAGCCACACAGGCGAAAAGGAUACGCGGAGUUCAUAACAAAAUAUGCCGUCAACGAUCAGUUGAAAGCAAAUAAUGAUAUCCUCUCUUAUACUCUGGUUGAUAAUUUGAAACCGCAAAAUCUAUUCAAGAAGUUGGGCUUUCAAUAUUUUGGCCAUGUCAGCUGGGUACUCGUAACACCUAAAUAAAUUUGUUCAAAUCUUGAA